UAUACCCUUGUAAAUACGAUUCAACUACGACUUCCGGUUCUUUCCCACGCUUGUUUUGGAAAAGCCGGCCGAUCUUCAAAAACACAUUUUCCGUGAAACAUCUCCAAGAUGGAUGCUGAUUUGUAUGAUGAGUUUGGCAACUAUAUUGGCCCUGAACUGGAUAGUGAUGAUGAUGACGAUGAUGAGGAAGAUGAUCGUGAUGACGAUGAAUACAUGGACAGAGAUGAUGAUGAAGACAUGGAUCAUGAUGACAUGGAUGACCAGCCGGAGAUGGCCGUGGUGCUGCACGAGGACAAGAAGUACUACCCCACCGCGGAGGAGGUGUACGGGCCGGAUGUGGAGACUAUAGUACAAGAGGAAGACACACAGCCCUUAACAGAACCCAUCAUAGCGCCGGUGAAAAAGAAAAAGUUUUCCAUGGCCGAGCAAGAUCUUCCAGAAACUACAUACAAUAUGGAGUUUCUUGCUGAUUUAAUGGACUCUCCAGAGCUGAUACGAAAUGUCACACUUUGUGGACAUCUCCAUCAUGGCAAGACAUCCUUCGUCGACUGCCUCCUGGAGCAGACUCACCCCGACAUCCAGGGCCGGGCAGACAAGGAUAUGCGAUACACUGACACUCUCUUCACAGAACAGGAGCGGGGUGUGAGCAUCAAGUCGACGCCCAUCACCGUGGUGAUGCAGGACACAAAGAACAAGUCCUACCUCAUCAACGUCUUCGAUGCUCCAGGCCAUGUGAACUUCUCAGAUGAGGCUACAGCGGCAAUGAGGCUCAGUGAUGGUGUCUGCAUUUUUGUUGAUGCUGCUGAAGGAGUGAUGUUGAAUACGGAACGUCUUAUCAAGCACGCACUCCAUGAGAAACUAGCCAUCACCAUUUGCAUCAACAAGAUCGACCGCCUCAUCCUGGAGCUGAAGCUGCCCCCGACCGACGCCUACUACAAGCUGCGUAACAUCUUGGACGAGAUCAACGGUGUCAUCAGCAUGUACUCGGAGGAGGAGGAUGGGCUGAUGAUCUCGCCGCUGCUAGGCAACGUCAGCUUCGCCAGCUCCUACUACCGGUUCUGUUUCACACUCAAGUCCUUCGGCAAGAUCUACGCCGACACGUACGGUGGCAUCAAUGAGAAGGAGUUUGCUCGUAGACUCUGGGGAGACAUUUAUUUCAACAGUAAAACGAGGAAGUUCACAAAGAAGCCAGCCCACAACACGUCCCAGAGAAGCUUCGUGGAGUUCAUCCUUGAACCCCUGUACAAGAUAUUUGCCCAGAUUGUCGGGGACGUCGAUGAGUGUCUGCCGCGGGUGUGUGACGAGCUCGGCAUCCAUCUCACAAAGGAGGAGCAGAAACUGAACAUCAAACCGCUGAUGAGGCUGAUUGGGCGCCGCUUCUUUGGGGACUUCACAGGGUUUGUGGAUAUGUGUGUGGAGCACAUCCACUCCCCCGUCAAGAACGCAAAGAGUAAAAUCGAACACAUCUACACCGGCCCGGCCGACUCCGAGCUGGCGGAGGAUAUGACCCACUGUGACCCGGAUGGCCCCCUGAUGAUCCACACCACAAAACUGUUCCCGACGUCAGAUGGGACGAGCUUCCAUGUGUUUGGUCGUGUGUUGAGCGGAACUCUCUACUCCAACCAGGAAGUGAGGAUUCUUGGAGAGAACUACACACUGCAAGACGAGGAGGACUCGCGCUUCGGACAGGUGGGACGUCUCUGGAUUGCCGAAGCAAGGUAUAAGGUAGAGGUGAACAGAGUCCCUGCUGGGAACUGGGUGCUGAUAGAGGGCAUCGACCAGCCCAUCGUGAAGACCUCCACCAUCACAGACACUUCCAGCAACGAGGAGGUGUAUAUAUUCCGCCCCCUUAAGUUCAACACAAGCUCUGUCAUCAAAAUAGCAGUGGAGCCAGUGAAUCCGUCCGAACUGCCUAAAAUGUUGGAUGGGUUGAGGAAGGUGAACAAGAGUUAUCCCCUCCUGACCACCAAGGUUGAGGAGUCGGGCGAGCACAUCAUCCUGGGGACGGGGGAGCUGUACCUGGACUGUGUGAUGCACGACCUCCGCAAGAUGUACUCCGAGAUAGACAUCAAGGUGGCUGACCCAGUCGUGUCCUUCUGUGAGACGGUGGUGGAAACAUCGUCACUCAAGUGCUUCGCUGAAACACCAAACAAGAAGAACAAGUUGACGAUGAUUGCGGAACCCCUGGAGAAGGGUCUGGCGGAGGACAUUGAGAACGAGGUGGUGCAGAUCACAUGGCCCAGGAAGAAGCUCGGGGAGUUCUUCCAGACCAAGUAUGACUGGGAUUUGCUGGCUGCUCGAUCUAUCUGGGCCUUCGGACCCGACGCAAUGGGACCCAACAUCUUGGUGGACGAUACUCUGCCAUCCGAGGUUGACAAGUCAGUCCUGGGGUUGGUGAAGGACAGCAUCGUGCAGGGAUUCCAGUGGGCAACCAGAGAAGGACCGCUGUGUGAUGAACCAAUUCGUAACGUAAAGUUCAAGAUCCUAGAUGCCAUGAUUGCCGGGGAGCCGAUACACCGAGGUGGCGGUCAGAUCAUCCCUACAGCCAGGAGAGUGGCCUACUCCGCCUUCCUCAUGGCCACCCCGCGUAUGAUGGAGCCCUACAACUUCGUGGAGGUGAUGGCGCCAGCUGACUGUGUGUCCGCAGUCUACACAGUGCUGGCAAAGAGGAGAGGUCAUGUGACCCAGGAUGCUCCUGUGCCUGGCUCCCCACUGUACACGAUCAAAGCUUUCCUGCCCGCCAUCGACUCGUUUGGGUUUGAGACCGAUCUGAGAACACACACACAGGGCCAGGCCUUUUGUCUCUCGGUCUUCCACCACUGGCAGAUCGUGCCCGGUGACCCCCUGGACAAAUCCAUCAUCAUCCGCCCCCUGGAGCCGCAGCCCGCAACACAUCUCGCCCGGGAGUUCAUGAUCAAGACACGGAGACGCAAGGGUCUGAGCGAGGAUGUAUCCAUCAACAAGUUCUUCGACGACCCUAUGUUGUUGGAGUUGGCCAAGCAGGACGUGAUGCUCAACUACCCCAUGUAGAACAGUCUCUCCUUCCUUACUGACGUGUGUGUCGGGUCAACGGCCUACACACACGGAAGCAUCAAGUCAUUGUGUGUCGGGUAAACAGCCUGCACACAUGGAAGCAUCAAGACAUUGUGUGUCGAUAGACGGCCUACACACACCGAAGCAUCAAGUCAUUGUGUGUCGGUAGACGGCCUACACACGCUGAAACAGCGCAGCGCAGCGCAGCAAGUCAGCAGUUGUUUUAAACCCACAUCCAGGAGGUGCAUCAGAGCAACAAUUCAGAAUCAAUAUUAAAAUAUACUACUCAACAUUUGAGAUUGGUACAAGGCUGUUUCCUACUGUUUCAUAACUAGAGGGCAGCAGCUGGUGUACUUGAAUGUGUACUUAGGUAACUUUAAAUAAAGCUGAACAUGAUUUAAUCAUGUGGCAAUAUGGAAUAUUAUUUGUAUGACUCCAUCUCCAAGCAGCCAAUAAUAUCCAGGUCCAACACUCAGAAUAUCCCUGUCAAAUGUUAAUUUGUGUAGAAUUGAAGGUAUAACAAUAGUAUUGGACCUUAAUGUUGUAUGUUUAAAGAAUUGUUAUAUGCAGUAAAUUUACUGAGAAGCAUACAUGAUGGAUAAGAAAUUGCAAAAGAGUAAAGGAUUAUUAAUUAUUUCCCGAAGAAGACAAACAAAUGAAAGUAAGAUGACGAUGCAGGGUCCAUGAAGGUAUCCCUGAUGUGUCUUAGAUAAGUAAGAGGCCGCCUCCGUGGUCUUGUGGUAGAGCAUCCGCCCGGAGAGCGGAAGGUCCGGGGUUCAAUCCCCGGCCGCGUCAUACCAUAAGACGUUAAAAGAUGGUACUUGUUGUUACCCUGUCUGGCGC